UUGACUAGAGGAAGUGGAACUGUAAGGUUGUGUGCUGCGGUGUACAUCUCUGAGAAUUGUGAUGACCACUAGAGUUUCUUCGCUGCAUAUUACUAACAACAUAUAAACUAAUUGUGCAUUGAUAAUCCGGGACAUAUAAUCUAUCAGAAGUUCAAAACCGAAGUUUUUUUUAGGAAAACAAAAGUAUACUAUAAGGAAAGAUAAUGUUACUGGGGUAAAGAUCAUCUCAGCAUGGUGUGGUGCAGGAGCGGCUGGGUGCUGGCGUGGGUGUCCUUAUCGGCGGUGGCAUGGGUCGUCUCGCCCCAGGAGACGGCUGCGGAAAGGCCCGCGGUGUCUUGGACCGCCACCAGGCACCAAGGACGGCGCCACGACUCCCCGAUCCGGCCGGCCACUUCCUCCAGGAGAUCAUGGUGGGAGGAAACCGCCCCUUCCGAUCGCACUCUGGCAGAGCGGACGUCCUGGGACAGACUCUCCGCCCGUGAGUAUAGUGGGCACAUAGCGCCAGUGCCAAGGAGGCGCGAGGAAGAUAGCGCGCGGCACCACGCACGGCAAAGUGCGCGACAAGCCGCCUAUCGUCAGCAAGAAACGUCGAGCGACGCGCACCAACGCGCACGAGACUCCCAUGGGUCGCAGGCGCCACAAGCCAGGGCACCGCACACUCAAUCUUCCUCAGAGGAGAGCACAGCACGGUCCUCUGGCAUGCAAAACCGCCAAGGCACAAGUGGAUACCAGCACAGCGCCUCCGGACGUCCCAGAGAAAACCAGAACGUGCCUCCGCGAACGCACUCCAACUCUCGGUGGCAGCCGUACCAGAAGUCUUCGCAAACGCCAUUUGGAAACGAGAACUCGUGGCGCAGGGUCCAUGCGGCGCACCGGCCGCCGCGCCUUCCGCGAAGGGACAAGAGGCCCAACAUCGUCCUCAUUCUCACCGACGACCAGGACGUCGAACUCGGUUCUCUCAACUACAUGCCUCAACUGAUGAACCUCAUGAAGGACGGGGGCGCCUACUUCCCGCAGGCCUACACCACAACGCCCAUGUGCUGUCCGUCUCGUUCGUCCAUCCUCACCGGAAUGUACAUCCAUAACCACGAGGUGUACACCAACAACGAGAACUGCUCCUCGACCAUGUGGCAGCAGACGCACGAGCGCCGCUCCUUCGCCACCUACCUCAACGACGCCGGAUACAGGACGGGUGAGUCUGCCUUGCAAUCCAAAAUGUUGUUAUUGCUGUUGUUCUCUCUGUCGAUCGGAGGAGAUUUCGCUAUUGGCCGCGUGUGCAGGGGAGUUGGCAGGUACUGUUUCGGUUACUUCACACGUGUUCUAGACGCUGAUAUUUUGCAGCAGAUUUCCAAAAGAAUCCUUGUCUUGGGAGAGAAUGACAGCACGCAAGGAAAAUCGGACAGGGAGUAUCUCGUCUUUCCUUUAGUCCCCCCUCGCCGUCUCUCCGCGGGCUCGCUUAUUUACCUUGCCUUUGCUUUGUUCCUUACAUUCCUUCGCCUCUGUAUCUCUCACAACAAAGGGAAGAAAAAUCCCGUCACAAGUAAUCGUUGUCUCCCGUUAGUUGUCCGACACGCGGGGAGAUGUCGGGUCGGCUCGUUGAGGGUGAUUUGUCGGGAGUGGAAAUUCGGGCGGGAAGUUUGGAAUGAAAACAUCGUUGCCGGUACAAGACAAGGUGGCAAUUACAAUGGCACAGGCAUUGUAAACAUGGCGCCGAAUGCCAGAUGUCACCGGCUAUGUGCGGCAGAAAGCGUGACCUCGCGUUCAAAAUUCCCCAGUGGAAACCUUAACCCUGAAUCACCCUUUUCCUUCGCAUUUUCCGCAGUGCAGAGGUCAAACAGGUAG